AUGCUACGCAUCGCUCUGCUGGCUCCGGCCAUCUUACUCCUGCGCCUUCUCCUGGUCACCGCAGACGACGUUCAAUCUCCCCUCGGCGAUGAUGCUCAGCGAUGGCACCAACCUCAACGCAUAGCAAUUAUAGGCGCAGGCCCCGGCGGCUCCUCAGCUUCCUACCAUCUCCGCAAGUUCUCCCAGUCCUCGACUGGAGCCGAAGAAACCCCCGUCGAGAUCACCGUCUUCGAGUCAAACCCGUACAUUGGCGGACGAACCACGACAGUCAACGCCCUCGAUGAUCCACGCUACCCUGUCGAACUGGGUGCCAGCAUCUUCGUCAAGAUCAAUCAUAUUCUCUACAACGCGACCCGCGAUUUCGGACUGUCUUCCACGGUCAAACUUUACGAGUCCGUGCCCGAGUCGAAGUACGAGCUGGGAGUCUGGGAUGGGGAGCACUUCGUGUUCACAGCCGCAAGAGACGACGAUGACGAUAGGUCCUCGUGGCAGGGAUGGUGGGAUAUCGCGAAGUUGAUCUGGCGAUACGGGCUUGCGCCUAUCCGGACCAGACAAGCUACGAGAACGGCCGUGGGUGGAUUCCUCAAGUUCUACGAACAGCCCAUCUUCCCGUUCUGGAAUAUCCAAGAGGCCGUGGACGCGACAGGACUGGACCAAUACACCGGCGUCUCCGGGAAAGAUGUCCUCCAGAGAGCGAAAGUGGGGGACUCGUUCGCCCGCGAGAUCAUCCAAGCCAGCACCCGCGUCAACUACGCGAGCAAUCUCGCGAGCAUCCAUGGCCUUGAGACACUGGUCUGCAUGGCGAUCGAGGGCGCCAUGGCCGUGGAGGGCGGCAACUGGCAGAUCUUCGACAACAUGGUGUACGGGUCGGCGGACGCUGUGUUUCUGAACACCAGCGUCACGACCAUUACCAGGAACCACGGCCAGCGAUACGACCUGACAACUGACAAUGAGGAGGUCAACACGCAACUCGCAUUACAUCCUAGAGGGAACGAGUUUGACGUCCUCAUCCUCGCGGCGCCGUUCCAGUUCGCAAACAUCACAUUCACGCAGCCGCUGCGCAAUCCGCCGGAAAAGAUCCCCUACGUCGACCUGCACGUCACGCUGUUUACCUCGCCGCAUCGUCUGUCAGCUUCAUUCUUCGGCCUCGCCGACCCGGCGGAUGUGCCUUCCUCUGUGCUCACGACUCUCUCUGCUGAGAUGUCGGAGAAGCUGGGCGACAGGCGGGGCGUCGAUGCCGUUGGUCCGUCGGGCUUCUGGUCCAUCAGCACUCUGGGCGUGCUGAAUCCAGCCACCGACGGCGUCUUCUGCGGGCCAAGGGAGACUUGCACGAUGCAUGGCGCAGAGGAAGGAGCCGAGAGCGCUGACGAAACACAGUAUCUGUAUAAGAUCUUCUCUCCCGCGCCUCUGACGGGUACAUUCCUCUCAUCCUUGCUCGGUUUCCCGUACACGUCCCCGACCACUACCCUCGAAGAUCCUGUAUCCUCCAUCCCGAAGUCAGAUAUAACCUGGCUGCAUGAGAAGGUGUGGCACAGCUAUCCCUACGAACUGCCCCGCACGAAAUUCGAACCCUUCAAGUUGUGUACGGGGUCCUUGUGUGCGGAGGCCGGCGGUCCCUCGGAGGGGAUGUGGUAUCUGAACGGGAUGGAGAGUUUCAUUUCCACAAUGGAAACCGCCGCUUUGAGUGGUAUGAAUGUGGCAAGGUUAGUGGUUGAUGCUUGGACAUCGGACAGAGAGAGACGCGGGAAGCGACAAAAGGGAGAUGAGAUCUAG